CCCAACAAACUACGACUAGCGACGUGUGGGUGGAUCCCUCUGUUGAUUCGUGAAAGGAGAACAUUUGCCAAGCCAGGAAAGAUAUUUCAGGGGUUCGGUAGUUUGUUUAUUCGUUUGUUUGUCAAGCAAGUUUUCCAGAAGCGGCCACAGUAUACACACACGUUGGGACACGUUUGUCCGCAGGGGCACAGUUGCAGUUGUUUAUAGUUGAUGAUUUCCGUCCUGGAAUCAGUUUAAUUAUAGCGCUGAUUUUUGGAUUGAACCACAUUUAGAUAUUAGUUUAGUGCAAGACUUAAAAAAGUGAAAUACAGUUCUAAAGUGCAAUUUACAGUGAAAGUAGUUAGCUAAAGUUGGUUUUAUCGAUACACGUUGUAGUUGUGGAAAAGAUAGUAAAUAACGAAGGUGUUUUGUCGUCGAAUACAAUGUAAAUGUGGUGCACAAUAUGUCCGGCAAAGGUGACGAUGAGUCUACAGGAAACAGUGAAAAGGAUUGGGAAAUAUUCGACAUACUUUGUGGCGAAGAGAACAUGCCAAAACAUCACACUCCCCACUCUCCAGUACAUCAUCACCAUCAUCCACCUCCACCAUCUUGCAAUGAUCAUCUGGCACACUCGAUCGAUCUGGCCACAACGCUCCGGAGCGAGUUGGCCGCGUCGACAUACAAGCGAGACCGGCUUAUGGCAGAACUGUCGGACGUGAAGAGCUCGCUGUGUUCUAAAGAAAGUGAGUGUGAAUCUUUGCGUGCCCAAAGUGCUCGCCAGACGUCAUUGAUCGGUUCCUUGCAACAACGACUGGCAGCGUCCGAGCAGCGGGAAAAGACACUUCACAGCCGAAGUGAAACGGUCAUGCACACACUGCACCGCGACAAGAGCCACCUAGAGGAUAAGAUCAAGGAACUAAGCGGAAAGCUGCACCGUUUGCAGUGUGAGCUAACGAAGGAGGAAGGGUUGCGUGACCAGGCACGCUGCCAGCUGCAGGAUCUGGUGCGAAGACUCUGUCUGGUGCUGGGGGUGGAUGUGUGCGACGGUGCUCAUCUGACGCCGGAAUGUGUGCUUGCCAAGACGGGCGAAACGGUGUCGGAAGUGCAGAGACUGCGGGCGAAGUUGGCCGGUACCUGUGAGAACCUAUCCUCGACCGAAUCGGAGCUGUUGAGUACGAAGGCGGCUGCUUCGGCGGAAAAGACUCGUCUUCACACACAGAUCGAGGGUCUGCAGUCACUAGCGCAGGGUUUAGAGGGACGGUGUCGACAGGCAGAACGUGAUCUGCAGGUGACGCGCGAUCGGUUGGCUGAAUGUGAAGUUACCGGUGAUAAACUGAGAGAGGAAUUGAGAGGAUUUGAGUCACGCUGCUGCAGAUUGCAGAACAGCUAUGAUCGGUUGCAGACGGAGCGCUUGCAGUUCCUGCGUACGAUUGCAACGAUCGUAGGAGUCAGCGAACCAUGUGAGAAUAACCUCCGGGACAAAAUCCGGGACCUGACCAAUCAUAGUCAGGCAUUGCAUGAUCAAGUUUCCCAGCUUCGUGAACAACACCACCAGGAAGCUGCUAAGCAUCGCGAACACCAGGAAGCUAGUGCCUGCCGAUUGAAGGGGGAGGAGCAGCACCGGAUGAAUCUGGAGGAACGGCUCGAGAAAGCGUGCCACGAACUGCAACACUUCCGAUCGGAACACACGACGCUGAGCGAGUACCUAUUACGGUUGGCGAGAGCACUCUGCUGGAGUGAAUGUACGGAACCACCGGCCCCGGGCAGUGACACGACGAUCCUCAGCGAAACGUUGCUCGAACGUGCGGAGCGUCUGGCAAACCAUCACGAGCAUCAUAUUCACGGCACGUGUGAUAAGAGCUGCUGGGAGGCUAUCAACCAUAACCAUCAUCACCAUCAUCACACCUCGCAUUCCCAUUCGGCGUCAAAGAUACGCCGUGAGCGUUCAUGCACCGAUCUACCACUGAAGGAAAGCUCAACCCUGUACCAUAUGCAACGCAAGGUGCGCGUACUGAAGGAACAGAUCCAGCGACGCGAUCUUCAUCUUGAGCUGCUGCGGCGCAAGAUUGCCCUCCUGGAGGAUAACGCAAGGGGGAAAGCCACAUUACAAACAGAGCGGGACGAGGCUAUGCACAAGGCAAGGAAGAACUCGAAGCAAGCCGAACGAACCACCCAGCAGUUGGCGGAAGUGAAGGCCCAGCUGGCGGAAGUGAAGCACCAGCUGACAGAAGCUUCCGAGUACAAGAUUACUGCCCUCGAGCGGGCCCGCAAGUGUGACGAGCUGCAAGCUCGGUUGUGCGAUCUCGAAACGGAACGGGAGCGGCUGGUUGGGCAAUUGGCCUCGUAUAAAUCGCGUGCCCGAUCCGCGGUGGAAACUUCACACGAUCGUCGUGUGCGCGACGAGCAUGCUAUGUCGCAUCUUCGGGAGGAGCUGUCGCGUGUGAAAUUGCAGCUGGCCGACACAAACCACCGACUGUCGCAGCUGCAGGUCUUCCGCACCUCGGUCGCCAAGCUGCUGCACGUGUCGGACUGUGCCGAUUCGGAAAUUCUACAGAAGCUGCAAUCGGUGUGCAGCGACCACGGUCACCAUCACCAUCACCAUCGGCACCACAGUGCGUCCAAUCUAUCCAACCGUCGGUACGAUUCCUCCUCACCAUCGGGUGAGGUGCACGUGUCUCGGUACGAUGACAUACUGACGGGAGGCGGAUCUGGUGCGGCCGGAUCGCAAUCGAUCGGUUGUCGUCCGCUUAGCUCCAGCCCGGUUCACAAUCGACGCUACAUUGAUUCGGGAUUUAAUGAUCACGAUCAUCACUUUGAGGAUGAUUUUGAUUUUCAUAAAAAAUAUUAGUUCACUGCCGGGGUGGAAUUCCGGCCGCCAUCCAAACCAAGCGUGUAUUCGACGACAGAACGGAGUUGUUCACUGCCAAGGAAAGAAGAAGUUUUCCAAAAGAGCGUUAUUGGAUGGAUUACAAAGAAAUACAGCAAAAGUUAUACUGUUUGGCAAGAUUAUGCUUAAGGG